AUGUAUGGCUAUCCUCAGCAACCAUAUUACACGAGUCAGCCUGCGUACGGUUACGCAUAUGGUGGUCAGCAGCCGCCAGUAGUAAUGGAAUUUGUUUUAGACAGCAAGCGCCGCCUGCUCGAAGUUCAGGUACCGAUGCGGGUAAAUGCUGUCUAUGGGCGUUGUUGGCAUGUUGCUGCGGCUGCUGUCUCGCCGAAUGCUGUGAUUAACUCUUUUGCAACUGUUUUAAUUUUACCUCAAAUGCAGCUACAGCCAUAUUCGAAAAUGAAACUUCGACAUGUUAUGAUGACGUUGUGCUAA